AUGAACAUCCCCCUCUCCCUGCUUGGAGCCAGCCCGACGUUACCUCCGCCCGUUGGACCAUGGGCUGAGCCAGGACCACCAAGCGGCAUGCACGUCCAGGAGUGGAAGUAUGAGAUGCGCCGUCAGGCGCAAGCGGUCUUGCCUAAUCUCUACCUGGGUCCAUUUCAGGCCAGUACAGACUUAGGCCGCCUGCGCGAGAGGCGCAUCACACACAUUCUCUGCUUGCGCGACUCUGUCGAGGCGCGCCAUAUCUUUCCCCGUUUCCCGACCGAGUUUAUUUACUUGACACUGGACGUGGCCGACUCGGAGGGCCAGAAUAUUAUCUCCAUCUUCCCCAAGUGCCGAGAGUUCAUCGACAUGGCGAUGAGCGCGGGUGGCGCGGUGCUAGUACACUGCAACAGCGGCAUUGCAACGUCUCCUGCCAUCGUUAUGGGCUACCUCAUGUGGAAGUUUGGAUGGGACUAUACACUGGCACUCACUUUCGUCCAGAGUAAGCGGUACUGCGUAUCGCCCGCAAGCUUCGCGACCCAGCUCCGCGAGUACACGGCCAUCGCCCAGGCUCACAAGGCUUUGCGAAGCGAGCCAUACUCGGGCACUCGAGACCACAAGCGCGCACAUGAAGACGACAGCGAAGAAUUCAUCCCUCAACGCGGGCCGAUCAAGCGGCGCGUUUCGGACGACGACGAUGUCGAGAUGGAGUAA